ACUCAUUCCAAUGCUACGUGACUUGCCCAACACGAGUAGACUUCUUUGAUUGGAUGGACAGCCUGUGAUUCCCUAAUUGCAUUCUGGCCCAGAAGCAUAUCAUGGUUUUCAGUGAAUUGAGAAUUAUGGAUACUGAACAGACAUCCCUAGUGCAUAAAAAAGUUACAGUCGUUCAGAAGAUGAUUGCUUCUUGUACCGGAGCUCUUCUUACAUCAUUAAUGGUGACCCCCCUGGAUGUUGUUAAAAUCCGACUUCAAGCCCAAAAAUGUCCAUUCCCCAAAGGAAAAUGUUUUGUGUACUGUAAUGGCCUCAUGGAUCAUAUGUACAUCUGUGAGGAUGGAAGCGGCAGAGCAUGGUAUAAAAAGCCGGGCCAUUUCAGAGGAACAUGGGAUGCUUUUUUGAAAAUUAUUCGAAAUGAGGGUAUUAAGUCCCUGUGGAGUGGCCUUCCUCCAACACUGGUGAUGGCGGUUCCUGCCACAGUUAUUUAUUUUUCAUGUUAUGAUGAACUCUCAGCUUUUUUGAGAUCUAAACUAGGAGAAGAUGAUGCUCACAUACCCAUUAUUGCCGGAGUUACAGCUCGACUUGGUUCAGUAACAGUAAUAAGUCCAUUAGAGUUAAUUAGAACCAAGAUGCAGUCUAAGAAGUUGUCUUACAGGGACCUGCUUCUGUUUAUGAACAAGACAUUAUCCACUGGAGGCUGGAUUUCCCUGUGGAGAGGCUGGGGUCCGACGGUCCUCAGAGACGUCCCCUUCUCAGCACUCUACUGGUAUAACUUUGAAAUCUUUAAGAAGUGGCUCUGCAAGAAAUCUGGCUCCCAGGAACCCACUUUCGGCAUCAAUUUUACUUCGGGAGCAGCAUCGGGCUCCAUUGCUUCUAUUGCAACCUUACCCUUUGAUGUGGUCAAAACCAAAAGACAGACACUGCUUUGGGAGCACGAUGUUUCCCGGAAGUCUCCAUCUUCCACGUGGAAAAUAAUGAAGAGCAUCGUUAAGGAAAGCGGGUUUACAGGGUUAUUUGCAGGGUUCAUUCCCCGUUUAAUUAAAGUCGCUCCGGCGUGUGCCAUCAUGAUUAGCACAUACGAAUUUGGGAAGACUUUUUUCUACAAACAGAACUUAAGGAAGCAGCAGCAUCAUUAACUCAUCCGCUUCGACUCUGAAGGACAGGUUCCGAGAUGGCGGAUUUUCAGUGCCGGAGUGGAACGUGACGUCCGCAUUAAAAGUAUCUGAAAUAUCUUUUCCUUUCCUGAAGUUUGCCACGAUCCAACGGACUGCCACUUUCUACUCUCCCUCCAAAUGUGAACUCGAAAAAGCCAGUUUUCUGUUUUAGCUCAACCUCAGCAGUGCCCAAAGUGUUUCUGCAACGAGUAUUGGUAACUCUUGUAGCAUAGUAAAGAAAGUUUGUAUUUUUGACAAGCAAGAUGGAUGGCAAUCUGGUUCGAUCUUUUCCCAGGUGGAAUUUUGUUUCCGUUCUCAAAAUUUUCGUCUCCCCGAGACACUGUUGUGAAACUCCCAGCGGGAGUUCAGUGUUCAGAAGGAACGAAGGUUGAAUCCUGGGGGAAUUAUUAAUCGUGAAAAUCAGUGACUAACUAUGGAUACCUUCUCUGAUCCUGAAAAAGGAUUUUGUCUUGAAAGCAAAGGCCCUUGUAAGGAAAAAUAAUGCAUAGGACUUAUAUAUUUUAAUGAAGCAGACUCUGAAAGGCAACAAUUGAAUAAUUGUUAUUUUCCAGGUCUUAACUCACUGUUCCGUAGAUUUUUUUUUUUUAAUUUGAUUUUCUUUGGUGCCUUAUAGCUUUCUUUUAUAAUCAGGAUUUCAGCUAAUAGAAGCCAGCUGGUCAGUUUACCCUUAUGUUUGGAAAGAGAAUCAGUUUAACUUCUUAUUGGGAACAAAUUAGUAUCUUUUACAAGUAGCGGUGUGGGAUGAAUAAGGCUCACGUUUAACUGCAUUCAUUUUCAUUCCGUUUGGAGCAUGUCUUGUUGAGAUUAAGGAGAGGGGGUAACACGCUUACUUCCAAAAAGCUCCUGUUAAUCUUGAUUUGUGCCAAAAGAAACAAGCGCUGGAUCUGAAUGCCUCUGGGGUUGACUUAUUACCCAGUCCCAUGCGUGAUUUUUAAAUGAACUAAAAGCCACUUUCUGAAGGGAAAGGUUCGGUGUCAUGAGGAGCUAGCAUUUUAAAAUGACGGGGUAAGUUGAAGGCGAGAUGCAAGUGUGCAAUGAAGGGAAGAUACAGCCAUGGGCUAGAUAUAACAGGACAACAGAUAGCACUAACCUAAAGAAAAGGACUUCAUUUUCUCAGAGUAAUUAACACUUUAUGGUAGAUUAUACGACGCUGCACUUUAUUUUGUUCUAAGAUCAAAUGUGAAACCCAAUUUUGUGGUUGAAGAGGCUUGUGUUGAAUCUUCUCCUGAAAAAUCUUUAGUUUUAAUAUGAAAAUAAAUUUUUUUUAUAUUUUAGAAGAUAAACCUGUA